AUGGCCGUUACCACCUCGCGCGAUGACGCGCUACGGCUACCUGACAAUACUCAGCUCGAGAUGCCCUGCCUUCAACCCACACAGACGCCCCCACGAUCGAGACGGAAACAUUCCACGUUGCCGACCCUAAGCGCAUUCUUUCCACUUGUCCUCGUCCUGGUCAUUGCCUCCUUCCUCCCGCUCGCGAGCGCCGUAUUCGUAAAUUUCGAAGAUUGCCUGACACGAGUCUACCUGGCCGAUGGCAAACAGACACCCUACCUACGUUUCACGCCCGAGUACGUCUGGGCUGACUUCAGUUCCGACUACUUGUUGAACGUCACCGUCUACGGAAAUGUCUCCGGCCAAGCCCAGCCUGGCCCCUACCCACCGCUGGACGAUGACAACUGGAAGGACCCAAACAUGACCUUUGGCAAGAUUGUGAGACUCGCGCCGAACCACAAGCACUUCACUACUUUGUUCUGGAGCAACAGGGUUCUGUCAUACUCGGCAUACACGGCUCCCCCCACCUCGUUCUGUGACUCCGUCCUCAACACAAGCUGCCCGGUCGCCCCUUCCUUUGGUGGUAAUUUGAGCGAGUUCUGGACCAUGCCUGCCGUCAGUGUUGCACACAAGUUUGACAGCUCGUAUGCCUUCUCAACAUGGGCCUCGACACUGCGCAUCGUCUCUGGCGACGACAAUGCCCAGGCUCUUGGCUGCAUGUCUGCCAACAUCACCCCAGAUCUCGGCAAAACACUCACGGAUGCGUUGUGCUACUUCCCGGCUGCGAUACUUACGCUCGUGGCUAUUGCAACCGUGUUUGCCGCCACGUGCAGCCCCUGGGGAACCUCGAACAUCUUCCGAUGGACCACCAAUUACGGUCGAGACGAGGACUUGUUGCGCCUGGUCACCCCGGGUUUUGGAGAUUGUCUGCAGUACAUCCAGUUCGUCGUAUUGGCAGGUAGUCUCAGUCUCAACUACCCUGGCUACUUCCAACCCGCCAUCAGCCAGGCCAGCUGGUCAAUUCUUUUGUGGAACCAAAGCUUCGUUAGUGGAGGUAAUGGAUCCCAGAGUCUUGUUGACGGCAUCUACUUCGCCAACGGAACGUACGGUCUGACUCGGCUUGGCCAGUAUGUCGGCAUGACCAAGGAGCGUGAUAUAUGGGCAUGCAUGGCUAUCUUCCUGCUAGUCCUCAUCGCCUGUGUCGUUGUGCUUACCCAACUUGGUUUCUUCGUACGCUGGCUCUACCGCUGGCUAACUCAAACGCAGGACGGUGACUUGACAGGGAAGAACUUCGCCUUCACAGCUGGCAACAUCAUCCGUGUCGUUUUCAACUAUUUCCUGCUUCCCAUCAUAGCACUAUCCUUGUUCCAGCUCGUGGUUGGCCCUCGCUCGCCGGCUACCGUCGUCUCUACAGCAGUCAUCAUGCUUAUCGUCGUUGCUGGAGUAGCCACCUGGAUCUUCUGGUUCAUCUUCACCACACGCCCUCGCGCCCACUUGUUCGACGACCUUCCCACUGUUCUGACCUACGGACCCCUCUACAAUACUUAUUCUGAUGAUGCGGCGCCGUUCUCUUUCAUCCCUGUCUUACUCACCAUCAUCCGUGGUAUUGCUAUCGGUGCUAUUCAGCCUUCUGGUAUUGCCCAAAUCAUCAUACUUGCUAUAUGCGAAGUGAUUCUGAUUCUCACCUUGCAUGCCUUCCGCCCUUUCCAGUCCAACACUUCGAUGAACGCCUACCAUACCUUCUUCUCGACUGUACGACUCAUUUGCGUUCUCCUCUCGGUGGCGUUCGUACCGUCGCUUGAUGUAGACGAAGCACCAAAAGGGUGGAUUGGGUACAUCAUUCUAUUACUUCACGCCAUUGUCUUAAUAUUUGGCUUUUUCCUGAAUGCUCUUCAGACAAUCAUCGAGGUCUCUGCCCGACUUGCGGGUGCAGGCGCUGACACGCGAGGUGGUCUUACAAAGGUAUUCGGAAAGCGACAACUGUCGAAACGUAAUGGUCGCCGAACGACUCGCGGCAGUCUCAACUCGAAUGCCGCCAUGCUAUCCCACGAUGAGAACAAGAACAUACAGCUCAUGAACAGCCGUUCUCGAAGUUUGUCUGCCAGCUCAGCUGUUCUUCUAAAUGGACCUUAUGACCGGGAUAGCCAACGCGCAAGUGUUGGAUUUGACGGCUUCAGCCAGGGUGACUACGGAAAUGUCAGCCCAACUCCAGGAUCAGGUGCAGUACCCUUCACGUUCUUGGGCGGAUCAUCAGGCCAGAGCUCCCGUCGACCUACCAUGGGCACCAUGGAUGCUGCGGAUCCUUACUAUCGACCUCCACGCCCUCGUAAACAUACUAUGGAUUCCAUGACUGCUCCGGCGCUCGGGAAGGGACCUUUAGGAAGUGCAGACAUUGUGGAUGCACCAUAUUCUGACAAUAUGGAUAUCGAAGCUAUCAAGGCUGGUGAAGGCCCAUCUCGUGGCUCUGGAACACCCGCCCCGGCCUAUCUGCGGCUGAAUCGCGACGACUCUGAUCCCAAUCUCGACAGACGGAACAACAACAACACCGAUUAUUCUGUACGCGAAUCUGACUUCUACUACGGACUUCGCGGCCCUGCCCUGUCUUCGCAACCCACGCGAAAGUUGAAGACAGGACCAGCGGAUCCAAUGAGUCCUGUGUCGUCGGCUACCGGUUGGUUCAAGAGCUUGAACUUGCUGGGUGGGCGGAAGAAGGAAAAGAGUAAGGGUUUCGAGGUUGUUAGGAGCACGCGCAUGCCGCCACAGAUGAUGGCUGUUGAAGAAAAUGUCGAAUCGCCAGAGGUUGUGCAGGAGCCAUAUCGGGAUAGUCCAGAAUCGCCUCCGCGAGCUCGGAACGUAUCUGGAGGAUCGGGCGUGGCGACAGCGGCCGUCUUGACUGGCGAGAGACGAGACUCUACCGAUAGCGAUUCGGAUACGAGCCAGGACGAAGAAGAUUACGGUCCCGUGGACCGUGUCUCACCCACUGCGCCGGCCCUGGGGCCUAUCGAGAGCUUUGGCGGAAUUGAGCUGCCCAGUAGGAUUGGGUCGCGUGCCUCUCGCGUUACACAAGCAACAGGACCCCCAAGUCGCGUACCCUCAAUACCACGGAAGAACUCUAGGCGUACAAAGUCUACGGAAGCAGCUUAUCUUCCAGAUCGGUUGUCCACAGUCAUGGACGUGCCAACAUCGGAAAGCCCGAUGAGUCAAAGACGAAGUCAACACCUGCAACCAGGUGGAGCUGGCGGAUUGCCUAUUCGCCUACCUUUUGGAUCUACAGACCCUUCACCAGAGCGCUCGCCUGGGCCAUCGGCGGCGUCAAGCAUAUAUCGCAACGACGGCACGAGUUUGCAUGCGCCAACACCAAUUGGCGGAACGUCGGAGCGACCCCUCAGCACUGGAGUUGUUCAGCAUCAUGUUACUCAGGACAGCGUGGAGCGGAACGUGUACGACGCGGGAAGCCACCUGGAAGCGUCGGCAGAGAUUGUGGACCGGAGUCGCAGUGGCAGCACGCAGCACAGCGGACGCAGCUACAAGAGAUGA